UGGGGGAGGUAGUAAAGCCCACCCCACCCACAGGCCCGGCUGCGAUGUUUGUCACUGCUUGCCCAUCACUAGGGGUUGAGAGGAGUAUGACAGGUCUUUGUUGUCUGAAUAAAAAUCAGUGGCAGCUCAAGGGAGAGAACUCCUCCUACUAAAUUAUCAAAAAUGGGCUGGCUUUAGUCUCUUAACAAAUUGGACAGAGCUCCGGAAGGCAGCAGUCCCAAAUCCAACCUACAGGCACUGGGAACUUUAAAGCAACCAGGGACCGCUUGAAAAUAGCACUUCUUUUUGCUUUCUUUGUGUUCAAAACUAUAUCCUCUCCCGACCGGUUCUGCUGCCCCAGGUUCGAGUCUCUCCGGUCAGGAGCCCCGGCUUUCCAGAACAGUAACAGAUCCUUUAGCUCGCUUUUCUUCUUUGAUUUUUCAAACUAAUUAUUAUUACGUUUUCUUCCCCUUGUUUGUUUUCCGCACACCUUCAGGAAGCCCUCGGUGCUUGAGCAAAGAGAAGCUCCUAUUGAAACCUCCCUCCCUGUGCCGUGCGCCUCGGUGUAAACAUUUUGGAUGAUCUAAAGACUCUGGGGUCUGUAUAUGGAAAUAGUGGGGUGCAGAGCAGAAGAAAAUACUUGUCCUUUCCGUCCCCCAGCCAUGCUUUUCCACGGGAUCUCCGGAGGCCACAUCCAAGGAAUCAUGGAGGAGAUGGAGAGGCGAUCCAAGACCGAGUCCCGCCUGGCCAAAGCGGGACAAAUGAACGGCCGAGAAACGAACAUGCCCCCCAUGAGCCCCGAGAAGCCUGCUUUGUGCGCUGGGUGUGGAGGGAAGAUCUCAGACAGAUAUUACCUGCUGGCUGUUGACAAACAAUGGCACCUCAGGUGUCUUAAGUGCUGUGAAUGUAAACUGGCUUUGGAGUCAGAACUCACCUGCUUUGCCAAGGACGGCAGCAUUUACUGCAAGGAGGAUUACUACAGAAGGUUCUCCGUGCAGAGAUGUGCCCGCUGCCACCUUGGGAUCUCAGCCUCUGAAAUGGUCAUGAGAGCCAGGGAGUCGGUUUAUCACCUGAGCUGCUUCACCUGCACCACCUGCAACAAGACUCUGACCACAGGCGAUCACUUUGGCAUGAAGGACAACCUGGUUUACUGCAGGGCCCACUUCGAGUCCCUUUUGCAAGGAGAAUACCCCCCUCAGCUGAGCUACACCGAGUUGGCAGCCAAGAGCGGAGGGCUGGCCCUGCCCUACUUCAACGGCACGGGCACCGUGCAGAAGGGGAGGCCCAGGAAACGAAAGAGCCCUGCCCUGGGAGUGGACAUCGUCAACUACAACUCAGGUUGUAAUGAGAACGAGGCAGAUCACAUGGACAGAGACCAACAGCCUUAUCCCCCAUCCCAGAAGACAAAGCGCAUGCGCACCUCCUUCAAACACCACCAGCUUCGUACCAUGAAGUCCUACUUUGCUAUCAACCACAACCCAGAUGCCAAGGACCUCAAGCAGCUUGCCCAGAAAACAGGCCUGACCAAGAGAGUUCUGCAGGGAGAACAAAUCAUGGGGCAUUACAGCCAAACAUCCCGACGUUUGAAAAUUCCCUAAAGUAUUAAAAGAAGGGGAAAAGUUUGAUCGGAAAUCCACUGCAGUGAAGACAAAGACAAUAUUAGGUUAUGAUAAUCAUACAUUUAAAAAUCUAUCGAGCCAAAAAAUAAAAAUAAAAGACUUGAUGUCAUUUCCUGAAUGUUAACAAAACAUAUGUUAUUUUAUGGUGUCUAAUUAACAGAACUGAAGGCUUCAACAAAUUGUGUGGUAUUAAAAACAAAUUUAGAGAAACUAUGUAUAAAACCAGAGCAACCUGGCAGCAAUCUACCCAGCCCAUAUUUGAAGAAAACUUUUCUUUAAAAAUAUCACAUUUGUCAAGCACAAGUACUUGUAAAAUAAAAUCUGAGUGCAUUCAUUCCACUUGCUUGCUAAUGUGUACUAGUCAUAUCUGUUAAAUGGAUUUUUGUAAAUUCAAAGAGAACUUUUCACUCAUUCAAAAUCAUAGGAAUCAAAACCCAGUAACUUUAGUACUAUUGUUUCUGAAUCCUUUUUUUUUAAAUGAGACAAAUCUGCAUGCACUUUUCCAUCUGUCACAUAUAGUGUAAAUUUCUGUAUGAUGAAUUUCUCUUUGAUGUUUCUUGUAUAAUAGCUUUCAUUAAUAAACAUUUUAUUUGAUGCAAACAUAGUUAACUUUAUGUAAACACUUAGCUAAUUGUUCCAGCUAAUUUAAACUUUUCUUUUGAAAAGAAGCAGUACAGUGCAGUUCCAACAUGUUAUAUAUAUAAAAUCAAAAAGAAUGAGGCAGCGAUACUGUUACACAGCGAAAAGUAUUUCCUUUGGUGUUUACUUUUUAUUUUUUUAACCUGCUGCAUAAAACCGACAUGUUUUUAAAAAAAAUCCCAUCAGCAUCAGCAUCAGCAGUAAAACAACCCCCAAAUUCUUCAUCAAUAUAUGAAAACAUAAGCAGUAUGUAAAACUUUCAAUGACUUUAAGAAUAUGUGGAUAUAAUUUGCGGAUCCCUGAGCUGUUUACAAGGUCACUAUGCAACGAGCAAGUACAUUACGAAUAGCUGCUCCUAAGAUUCCCAAUCUAAAACGCAGAUGAUUUUUACAAGCCGGCAAGCAAGUGCGACAAUAACCAAUUAUUAGUAAUGAGGUUUUGUAAGCAUUGAGCAACUAUUUGCAGAAAGAUUUUUUAAAAUAUAUUCCUAUUUAGCUGUAGAGCCAAAGCGUGUGUUAAACAAAUUAACAUAUAAAAACUUGCCAGAAAAUCUUUCAUUAAGAUGACAUUUUUAUUAUAUACUAAUGAACCCUAUGUAAACAAUGUAACUUUUAUGAAUGAUGGACAUUAAAUAUUUCACUUACGUGUAUCCUCAGCAUUUUGCAUGUUUUCUUAAACUCUU